AGAAUGAAAACAUGGCUAUAAACUUAGUGGGAAGUUAUCAACAAAUCAUCAAUGGUUUUAAUUUGUGUACUUAGAUUUUGCUGCUUUGAGUAUUUUCAUGUGUGUCAAUCAGGUAGACCGACCUCCAUCUAAUCCCUUUUUAUCACAUCAAGGUACUGGCACACUCCCUUCUUUCAUCAUCAAACAGGCUCCAAUCAUUAUUUUGACAUUUCCCCCCAUUUUUUACCCCUCUCUGCUAUCUGUAUGUACAGCUGAGAUUUGAAUUACUGUUUCUCUGAGAUACUGCUGCUGAUCGUGGGCAUCUUGGAAGGGGCCCUGUACAAGAUAAGAGCACUGCAGAGGAAGCUCAUGUAGAAAUGGAUUUCAAAACAUCGUCUGCACCAAACCCAAAAAGAUGUUGUGAGUAGCCUGUUAAGCCGCCAAAAAUAAACAAGAGAUGAAAUGGGAGUUUUGACCAUGGAGACUAUAUCUUUCGAUUCUUCCUCCACUGUGAAUACUGCUGUCAAUGUGAAUUCCACUACCAAUGUGAAUUCCACGGCCAGGAGAUUUUUUGCAGCCAAAAGAUCAGCUUCGCAUCACUUGGACUUUCAUGGGACAGAUUUGCACAUGUUGCAGCAGGCCGGCUGGAUGGGGCGGAUGCACCGAGGGCUCUACAGAGGGGCCCAGUUCAGACACAGUACGGGCGAUUUGGCAUCUCUACAUGUAAGCUGGCCUGUUAAAUUUCAUGAAAUCCACGGUGAUAAUGUGAUCCUUCUAAAUGACAACUCAAUAGCAAAACGGGGAGACAGUUUCUGCAAAGCCAUCUGCUUCAGUAGCCGUCCGAUCGCCAUCAAUGAGAAAGUCUACAUCCGCUUCGCCGAGACCUCCAGUAGCUGGAGUGGAGUGUUGCGAUUUGGGUUUACUAGUAUCGACCCUGCUUCGGUGCGGGGAUCCGAUCUCCCCCGAUAUGCAUGUCCUGACAUGACCAACAAGCAAGGUUGCUGGGCCAAGGCGUUAGGAGAGCGUUAUGCAGCUUAUAACAAUAUCCUUCAUUUCUAUUUCACUCGUAAUGGGGACGUUAUGUACGGUAUUAAUGGGGAGGAUAUUGGACUUUUUUUCUCCGGUGUUUCCACGCUCUCUCCUCUGUGGACUCUACUCGAUAUUUACGGCAAUACCAUCGGCAUCGAAUUCGUAACCCAAGAUAUGGGUAAAAAUCAAAGUAAGAGGCUUAACAGUUCAGGCCCUCUUGGAACCAUAGGGGGAUUAAACAAUGCCCUCCCUCCCCCCAUACCACGGAGGGAGUCCCUGUCCUCCGGGCCCAGGACCCAGUUCUCUACGUCUAGUGUGGGAAACUUACACAGUGAGUCCACAGUAGCCCCUACAGCACCCGCAAUUCCGAUACGCUAUUACUCAAACGUUAAUUUCAGGCCCAUGGGUUGGCAUGAACUGACUGGCAAAAAUAUACGAGUGGUGGAUGCAAAUCGAACAAUUGCAGUGAGAGCCGAUGACGAAUAUUGUAAUGCAUAUGUGUUUUCAUCUCGACCACUGAAAUGUGGUGAAAAAAUUGUGAUACAGGUGUUAGGGAUUGAGAGGACUUUCAUUGGUGGACUGGCAGUCGGAUUUACAGCCUGUGAUCCGAGAGAGGUGAACACAGAGGAUCUACCAGAUGAUUCCGACAUUUUGUUGGAUCGGAAGGAAUAUUGGGUGGUGAAUAAAGACGUCUGUCGGACACCGGAAAUUGGGGAUGAAUUGUGCUUUCAUUUAACUCUGAACGGGGAAGUUCGUUACUCUAAGAACAACACCAAGGUCGCCACUCUGAUGCAUGUAGACAAGACUCUUCCUCUGUGGCUGUUUUUUGAUGUUUAUGGAAACAUUCAGAAGAUCCGGAGCGUUGGUGUGACGACACAUGUUCCCCCCAUCCCACCCCGUCCGAGGUCCACACCGUUUAUGACCCAGUCCAGCAUGCCACAGCUGACAGUGACUCUCCCACCGAGAGAUCCCAACACAGCACAUGUACCAGUCAGUACCCCCACCCCAGCUUCGUCCGGAUCCACUCCUCAUCACUCAGGGCCGUCUAAUUACAGCAUGAUGAGGAGCUACAGUGUUCCGACAGGAGUGACGUCGUCUGAACCGAUGUCACCACAUAAAAAAUCUGGACACAUUAUGUCACUUCCUACAUCUCCAGAGACAACCAUGGACUUUAGUGCUGACAGUGAAGCCAGUGAGUGCACGGUGUGCUAUGAACGGGCUGUAAAUGCUGUGCUGUAUACCUGCGGACACAUGUGCAUGUGCUUUGAGUGUGCAAUUGUUGUUAAAAACCAUAAAAGCGCCCUCUGUCCUAUAUGUAGGCAAGAAAUUAAAGAUGUGAUUAGAAUUUACAAGACAUGACACCUGUGAAUUAGCAUUAUUAUUGUUUGUUAUUACAAAUCAACAGAGAGGAGAUUCGUUGGAUUAGCAUACCUUGUCUUAAAUGAUAAAUAUUCAUUUAGUAUUGACUUUAUUACAAAUCAAUAGAGAGAAGAUUCGUUGGAUUAGCAUACCUUGUCUUAAAUGAUAAAUAUUCAUGCCAGGUAUAGUGCAUUAAGUUUUUCUUCAUUGAAAAUGGUGCUUCUUGCAAUGCAGGAUUAAUACUACAUCUAGUUUUAUGAUUUUGGUUCAAAGCAUUUUAUGACUUCAACACUGUGCACAACUUUUGUUUUCCAUAGUGUUACUGACUGUGCAAUAACCAGAGUCAGAGGUACGGUUAAAGGUUCGGUAUUGUGUUAUGUCGUAUGAUAUUGACUAGGGCAAUAUUGAGAAUCCAAGUGUUAAUUUAAUGUGUAUAUGGACUCUUGGAGAUGCACCUAUUUUAAAAUUUCAUUGUUGAUUUUUAAUGGUGCUCACAUAUUCAAGUGUUAUGUAUAAAAAUGGGCUGUAAAUGAUUUAUUAUCAAGUUGUUCAUUUUUUGAUAGAUUUAAAUUAAUAUAUAUUUCUACCGAUUUUUUCUUGUUUAGUCACUUCCAAGCUGCAUAAAACAUAACUGACAUUAGCAUACUGAAUACACCACAUGGAUAUUUUGUUUUCCUAUAAACAAGUUCUCUGCUUAUUUUACAUUCGAUGAUAAAAUAUAUUGAGCUAUGGGGUAUAGUAUUUCAAAAUUGUCUCCAGCAUAUUCUGUCAGAAGCAACAUCUCUUUUGAAGCUUGACUUUUCAUAAUGUUAUUUAAAGCUUUACUUCAAAACUGAACCCUUUUUAAAAAAAAUCUUUUACUUUUUGUAUAGAAAAAAUAAAGUACUCUAUGGUAAUUAUAAAAAUUUUGUGGAAUAACUAUGUAUGUGCACAUUUGUUAUCAGUUACAAAGAUUUGUAGAUACCAUAUGAUUUAAAUUGCUAUUUAGAUGUGAAAAUGAUAUAUUUUUGUGUUAUCACAUUGCAGAAACACACUUGAUAGAAAUCUGCUCAGAUUGUUGUUGGUAGACUCUUGUUUAUGUUGAACUGAAUGAUAUAUAUACUUAUUGGAAAAUGUUACAUGUACCACACAAAGUAGCUACUGUUCACUGACUGCUUCUGAUAGGUUUCUCAGGUAAUCAUCAUUUUUGUUUGAAAAAUCACUUUCUUUGGUGACUCUAUAUUGAUAUAUUGUUAUAUGGCAUAAUGGACGUCAAUUUCUUAACAAAAAAACAAAAAAAAAAACAAACAAACAAACGCAAAAAGGGAAACCCAAGAAACAAACCAUUAUAUUGGAUUCAUCUGUUGCUAUCCUCUUGUAGCAUUUUGUGUUUGUACUGGAACACUGUAUGAGGUUGUCUCCCUUUCAUGUUUGACUGUGAUAUGACCCUGCGACACAGCAGGCCUGUAGCCUGUUGUCUUGCUGACAUUAGAUCCAUAGCUUUGUUGGGUCUACACUGGAGCAGAUCUGAUUGCAAUCCAAGCUGUCACUUGUUCAGCUUUUUUUCACUGCUGAACCACGUUUUUAAGAGUUCUUUUGUCAAUAUAUUUGAUUUCAUGUGAAGAUUUGCCUGUCAUAGAAAUUCAAGAGGAAUUUGAUUCUUACAACAUGUGAUUUCUGUCUUGAUAAAUCGGGAUGAUUCUUACAUAAUCCUUUAAAAGUGUUGACGUACUUGGAAAUGACAAUUUUGACAUAAAAUUCCACAUUCUCACUCAGUUUAUUCCUGUCAUGCCACAUGUAUGAGGGAUUGUGUUCAAGUUUGAUGAAGUACUUCAAAUAUGAAUAAAUUAUUGUUUAAUUUCACUUCAUACAUGAUUUUCCUUUUUACAUUUCGUUGCCAUAGAAACUUGUACAUAUUUUCUAGAGUGCUGUUACUGUCAGUAAAUCCGUGGUAGUGGUUUCACUUGACUUGUACGUACUAAAAUAAACAUGGCUAUUCCUAAA